AAGGAAAAAAAAAAAAAUCCUACAGAUUUGGAACAGCAUGAGGGGCCUUAUGGGGACCGUGGAUGUGCGCACGGACCUUUCUUGAGCCGCCGGGGGGGAGUGGCAGCGUGUUUCGUGGGACACUGAGGCCUUUAAUCUGUUUAACUUUCGGAUGGAAUGCGCAUUGGGCCUAUUGCGAGUAAAUCUGGAGUUUGAGAGCAGGUGAACUGAGGAGGAAUGAAAUUCGGUCUAAACAUUUUGAGAAUCCACUUUCAUCAAAGAAGCACUGAAAGCAUCACGUUAUGAAUGCUUAUAGCCAUCAUAAGCCUCCUCUUCCAUUCUGGUCUCGGCAGUCCACCGCGGACCAUUACUCGUUUUUUUUUAAGCUCACACUCUCAGGUUGUGGCUCAUCUGAGAUGAAAUGCUUAAAAGAGUCGUUUUCCUCUCCUGUUCCAUCAGAAACCCAUAGGAGCUCCAUCUCUUUCAGGUAUUGAUUGCCUCAUGCCUGUCCCCUGCCUACAAGUUACAGGGGAAGAAUUUGAGCGCUGCGACAGGAGAGGAAGAACAGAGGGAUGGCUGAAGCUCUGGGAACAAAAUCCCCUUCAUGUCCCACAGGACUAAAGACUCAUUGCAAUGAAGACUCAUCAGCUCUUUCCAUAUUUUGCUCUGUUCCUCAAUUCUCCUCCGCCCUCUUCCCAAUCUCCGCCUUGCGGCCUACCGUCUCCUUGGCUCUGGGAAGCGACGUCUCGACUGAAGAAGUAAAGAUGCUGCUGAGGAGAGACUGGUCUCUGUUCCCACCCUCUAGAUCACAGUGAUCAUCUCUGCUUGAUGUCUUCCUUGAACUCUGUCUAGAGUCAUAAGUCGCUGGGCUGCUGAUGAACUUGGACAUGGAGGAAGGAUAGUGUCAGAGGUCAGGGGUCAAUUUCAUUUUUUCAGCGCUCUACCGUCCAACGCUUUCGCAUUGCAUCACCUGCACCGGCACAGAAUGCACUUGUCUUUUCCUUCCGGAUUCGACUCUGCUCGCCACAGCGAACUACCUUUGAACUGAUGAAAAUUUCAGCUGCUCAAUAGACGCGAGGCUCGAGCUGAAGCCGCUUCGCUUCUGUCCGUGGUGCUGAAAUGCGCGCGCCCUCUAAGUAGGCUACCUUGUGGUUUUACACUAACACUGUUACUUCAGAACAGCUUUUUGAAAUAAUUUGAUAAAUAAUUCAAAGCUACCAUCGAUGCGUCCCGCGUCUUCGAGAAAUACCGGGAUUGAAAAAAAAAUUAAUUAAAUUUGCCAGCCGAGAGUAUAUUUAGGCUGUAUCGAUUUUUUUGAGGAGUGAGUGAGGAGCUAAAGAAAAAAAAAAAACAUUUUUUUUGGAGGCAGGGUCUGUGUGUACUUCAUACAGAACCUCCUCAAGAAACCUCCUUUUCCUUUUUAAACUUAAACUAAAAGUCCUCAAGGAAGAAGAAAGUUUUUUUUUUUUUUCUCAGACAGGGGAUGAAUAUUUCUCAUUUCCGAUUCUGCUUUGGAUUUUCCUCCUGGAUAGAUCGCUAUUAAAUCGAGCGCCAUUCACGCAGAACUUGCUUGAAUACAGAUGAUAAUCUGAACAGAGGCUUCACGCAAGCAGCAGUGUGGAGAUGGAAGCGUCCACCAACGGCUCCAGUUUUGGAAUCGACUCCCUGCUAUCCCACAGGCCCGGAAGCCCAGUCAUCGCGAAGGGGGACAGUUUGGUAGGAGAAUGCCGGUCCCCGCUGGAGUUCAGCCCCAGGUCAGACUUAGAGAGCGGUUGUUCCUCUCCUCCAUCCCCGCGGCGGGAGUGCGGUGAGGAUGCGGCGCAGAGACAGGGUCACCCGCUCGGGCUCGCGUCCCAUUUGCAGCACGGGCCGAUCUCCGCUGGAUCGCAACCUCGGACUGUCACUUCAUCAUUCUUAAUAAGAGAUAUUCUGGCUGACUGUAAACCCUUAGCGGCGUGUGCUCCUUACUCCAGUAACGGCCAGCCGACUCAGGAGGCAGGGAGACUGGCAUCUAAAAUCGCAGACGACUUCAUUGAAAAGAUCCACAGUAACUCAUCGUCAGACAGUGAAUACAAAGUGAAAGAGGAGGGCGACAGGGAGAUCUCGAGCAGCAGAGACAGCCCGCAGGUUCGUCUGAAGAAGCCACGGAAAGCGCGGACCGCCUUCACUGACCAUCAGCUCGCCCAGCUGGAGCGCAGUUUUGAGCGUCAGAAGUAUCUGAGUGUGCAGGACAGGAUGGAGCUGGCAGCCUCUCUCAACCUGACCGACACGCAGGUCAAAACCUGGUACCAGAACAGGAGGACAAAGUGGAAGAGGCAAACGGCGGUCGGACUGGAAUUGUUAGCGGAGGCUGGAAAUUAUUCUGCGCUGCAAAGGAUGUUCCCUUCGCCGUAUUUCUACCCUCAAAGCCUGGUGUCGAAUCUGGACCCUGGAGCAGCGCUCUACUUAUACAGGGGACCUUCGGCGCCCCCGCCGGCGCUGCAGCGUCCUCUCGUUCCCCGGAUUCUUCUGCACGGUCUCCAGGGCGCCAACGAGCCGCCGCCUCUGCCCCCCCUCUCCGGUGUGUUACCCAGACCGACACCACCACGAUGAACGGCACGAUUCGGACUCGUUACAAUACAUGGCAGCUUUGAACUCCACCAUCAAAAAACUAUUUUACUGGUGACAAAAUAUUCGAGAAAUUUUACGAAGCCACAAAAACAAACUGACACACAAAAAGUGAUUAGAGACAUUUUUAAACUUUAUUUAAUUAUUUAUUUUACUUAUGUUUUUUAACUUAUGUUUAUAUUUUUUGGUUUAUCCUAAAUGUUAAAUCUGGAGAAAACAAAUACAGACCGUUAUGAACGCAGUAAUAACGGGACAUGAUACUACAGGGACAUUUCGUUUCACAAAUGACUAUUAUUAUUAUUAUUAUUUGAACUAGUCAAUAUUACAAAUGUGAAUUGUUGGUGCAUCCCUGACGCAAAGAAUAUUUAAAUGGUAGAUUCAUAUUUAAUUAUCCUGAGAUGAAAUCCAGGUCAUAAAUCGUGGGCUUUGUAGUGACCCUCUAAAAUGUACAAAGGACAAGAGGUGUAAAUAAGAAUAUUUUGUUUUAUGUCGAAAGACAAAUCUCGAAUUUUCUCUUUUUGUAUCAUAUUUCCAAGCCUUACUUUAACAGGUGAGACUGACGUGAGCAGCACAUUAAAACCCGACACGUCUCUACAAAAUGAAAAAGCUACUUAAAUGAAGAAGUGUCACUUUUCUAUUUGACAAACAGUUGAAUGGCACGGAGUGCUACGCCUAAACAGAACAAGCAGGUGGAUUGGACGGGAUGGAUUAUUAAUCGAUUAUCAAUCGAUUAUUUUUGUGCUGCUUUUUUCGUUUCUAUAUUCCUGCACAACUGCCAGUAGUAUCACUUUGAUGUUGACGGGAAAACGCCAAGUCCUCGUUUCAGAUCACUUGUGAUCAAUAAGACGUCUGAAAGGAGAUGACAUGCAAAGUGUUCACCCAGGCAUUGUGCAAUAACUCUGUAUAAAGCCGUUGAAAUAUCUUGUCAUUCUUUCUGGUGAAGCUGUAUAUUGAGAAUAAUGAUUUGUGAAGUAAUGAUUCUCGUAAUUCCAAAUGAUUUUCGUUCGUGCCCCCGUGUGCUUAGCGGUGUGAACUUCUUGAAAACUCUUAAAACUGCUGGAUGUGCGGGGGAGGGUGGUCUUUGAGCAAGGAGAAUUACUUUUAUAAAUGUGCUAAUAAAGAUCUUUCAUUAAUUUA